AUGGUCUAUUCAUCCAAACUGCCCUCACUCGACCUACCCAAGUCCAGUAUCAUCCAAUUCCUCUUUGUCAACAAAUUCAAUACGCCUGAAGAUAGACCUCUCUUGAUCGAUGCAAAUGACGGCAGAUACCUCACAUUUGCUGAACUCAAAGAUCAAGUGCUGAGAUUCGGUGCUGGUUUGCAAGAUGUCUGUGGGUUUCAAGCAAAUGAUGUGGUAGCCGUAUAUGCGCCGAACCAGUACAACUAUUUCGUCCCAAUUCUCGGAGCACUGGCAGCCAAUGGUGCUGCAACCACAGCAAAUCCCAAUUACAAUGUAGAAGAGCUCUCUUAUCAAUUGGAAAUGUCUAGAGCAAAGGUGAUCAUCUGUCAUGAAGAAAAUGUCAAAACUGCGCUGAAAGCAGCUGAUCGUGUGGGCAUCUCCAAAAAGAACGUGUUUGUGUUUGGAAUGAGCAAUAUCGAUGACACUCAACCAUUCCAAAAGGUAUUGUUGGCAGCAAGAAGAGCUGUGCCUGAUGCUCUUACAUACCAAGAGGCCAAAGACAAGGUAGCCUACCUGUGCUUCUCUUCUGGCACUACUGGCAAGAGUAAAGGUGUUAUGACAACUCAUGCCAAUGUCACAGCCAACACAUGUCAAUGGACCUCCAUUGACGAUCCAUUUGUUGAUCGCAGUCAAGACCGUAUGAUUGCCGUGCUGCCCUUUUUCCAUAUCUUCGGCCUUUCUGCCAUCUUACACACAGCCGUCUAUUGGGGCAUUCCUGUACACGUUUUGCCUCGCUUUGAUUUAAUCAAAUUUUGUGAAAUAAUAGAGAAAGAGAAGAUUACCAUUGCUCCUCUUGUUCCUCCCAUCUAUGUCCUGCUAGCCAAAGAAGAGUCUGUCUUGAACUAUGACUUGUCGUCGCUCAGAAUAGGCAUUUCUGGGGCUGCUCCAUUGAGUGGAAGUCUGAGUAGAGAAGUGAAGGCUCGCUUACCUCAUUUGUCCAUCAAACAGGGCUAUGGACUGACAGAGAUUUCUCCUGCAGCCAUAGCCGAGCCUUUGGAUCGUGUCAUUGAUGGUUCCAUUGGUGUAUUGCUUCCAAAUAUGACUGCAAAGGUGGUGGAUGAAGAUGGAAAAGAAACGGCACAGGGCGAGCGUGGAGAGUUGUGGUUAAGAGGCCCCAAUGUCAUGAAGGGAUAUCUCCAUAAUCCACAGGCCACUGCUGAAUGCAUUGACGAUGAAGGCUACUUCCAUACAGGCGAUAUUGUGGUUGUGGAUGAACAUCAACACUUUUUUGUUGUGGAUCGCAUUAAGGAAUUGAUCAAAUACAAGGGCUUUCAAGUACCUCCUGCUGAACUCGAAGGCAUCUUGCUCAAAUUAUCUAUUGUUGCAGACGCUGCCGUAGUGGGUAUCUACGAUAGUACACAAGCUACAGAGAUGCCUCGAGCCUACGUAACACUCAUCAGUGGAACUGCUCCCUCAGACAAAAUUGCUCGUCAAAUUAUGAAAUUUGUGGCAGAUCAAGUAGUGCCAUACAAGCAGCUGCGUUCGCUACGAUUUGUUGAUACUAUUCCCAAGAGCCCAUCUGGAAAGAUUCUUCGUCGCGUCUUGCGUGAUGCUGCUCAUCAAGAAGAAAACACUGAUAAUAGGCCUAAACUGUAA